GCAGCAGCCCAAGGCACCGCCCCCCCGCGCCACACUGUCCCUGCCAUCCCUUCUCAGGAAGGCCGUAAGCUGGUCCCUGCUCUACAGCGCGGGCCCCGUGGCCCUCCGCAGUCCCUUGUCUCUGCAAAGCCCCAAGGGACCUCUUUCCUUUCCUCCUCCCCGCCUCGCACAGAUCCACGUUUAAGCGACUCUUCCUGCAUAAAACCAAGGAUAAGAAGUACAGCCUGGAGGGCAUGGAGGAGGCGGCAGAGCCCACGGUGCCCGGGCUCAGCCCACCAGAUGCCACCUCCACCAAGAAGAGCCUAGAAGCCCCCUCGGGCCAGCAGCACCGCCAGCACGCCAAGGAGCCUGGGGGUAAAGGGAAGAAGAACCGGAACCUCAAGGUGGGCAAAAUCACCGUGUCCGAGAAGUGGCGCGAGUCAGUGUUCCGCAAGAUCACCAAUGCCAACGAACUCAAGUACCUGGACGAGUUCCUGCUCAACAAGAUAAAUGAUCUGCGUUCCCAGAAGACUCCCAUUGAGAGCUUGUUUAUCGAAGCCACCGAGAAGUUCCGGAGCAACAUUAAGACCAUGUACUCCGUCCCCAACGGGAAGAUACACGUGGGCUACAAGGACCUGAUGGAGAACUAUCAGAUCGUCGUGGGCAACCUGGCCGCCGAGCGGGGCCACACGGACACCAACCUGGUCCUCAACCUCUUCCAGUCGCUGCUGGACGAGUUCACGCGCGGCUACACCACCAAGAACGACCUGGAGCCCGCCAAGCAGAGCAAAGCGCAGAAGAAGAAGCGAAAACAGGAGCGUGCUGUGCAGGAGCACAAUGGGCACGUGUUCGCCAGCUACCAGGUGAGCAUCCCGCAGUCCUGCGAGCAGUGCCUCUCCUACAUCUGGCUCAUGGACAAGGCCCUGCUGUGCAGUGUGUGCAAGAUGACCUGUCACAAGAAGUGUGUGCACAAGGUUCAGAGCUACUGUUCCUACACGAGCGGGCGCAAGAGUGAGCCAGGCGCCGAGCCAGGCCACUUUGGCGUGUGCGUGGACAGCCUGACGAGCGACAAGGUGUCGGUGCCCGUGGUGCUGGAGAAGCUCCUGGAGCACGUGGAGAUGCACGGGCUCUACACCGAGGGCCUCUACCGCAAGUCGGGCGCUGCCAACCGCACGCGGGAGCUGCGCCAGGCAUUGCAGACAGACCCCACAGCCGUGAACCUGGACAACUUCCCCAUCCACGCCAUCACGGGCGUGCUGAAGCAGUGGCUGCGGGAGCUGCCCGAGCCGCUCAUGACCUUCGCCCAGUACAGCGACUUCCUUCGCGCCGUGGAGCUGCCCCAGCAGCAGGAGCAGCUAGCCGCCAUCUACACCCUGCUGGAGCACCUUCCCGAGGCCAACCACAACUCCCUGGAGAGGCUCAUCUUCCACCUGGUGAAGGUGGCUCUGCUGGAAGACGUGAACCGCAUGUCGCCGGGGGCGCUGGCCAUCAUCUUCGCACCCUGCCUCCUGCGCUGCCCAGACACCUCGGACCCGCUGACUAGCAUGAAGGACGUGCUGAAGGUCACCACGUGCGUGGAGAUGCUCAUCAAGGAGCAGAUGCGCAAGUACAAGGUGAAGAUGGAGGAGAUCAGCCAGCUGGAGGCGGCCGAGAGCAUCGCCGUGCGCAGGCUGUCACUGCUGCGGCAGAACGCGAGCAAGAGCCCCAAGGAGCCCGGCAGCCUGGAGGAGCUGGAGGCCCUGCCUGAAGAGGAGGCGGCGGGCGGGGACGGCGACGAGGACCGCGAGAAGGAGCUGCUGAUGGAGCGCAUCCAGUGCAUCAAGGAGGAAAAGGAGGACAUCACAUACCGGCUGCCUGAGCUGGACCCGCGGGGCUCGGACGAGGAGAACGCAGACUCGGAGACCUCGGCCAGCACCGAGAGCCUCCUGGAGAAGCGGGCCGGGCGCGGGGCCCCCGAAGGGCCCCCCGCGCCUGCGCUCCCCCGCCCCGGGGUGCCCGCCCCGAGCCCCCUUCCCCCGGCGGCCGCCCCCGCCCGCCGAAGGCCGGCCUCCUUCGUCACGGUGCGAGCGAAGACCCCCCGGCGGACCCCCGUCAUGCCCACCGCCAACAUCAAGCUCCCUCCGGGCCUGGCCUCGCACCUGUCCGCCGGCGUGGUCGCCACCGUGCGGCGCCGCGAGCCGCCCGCCCGCCGGCCGGACCUGGUGCACUCGCUGUACGUGGCGCCCGGGGCCCAGCUGCCCGUGCAGGCAGCCCUGGAGGCGCUGCGGGAGCAGCCAGGGCCGGCCACACCGGCCCGGCGCAGGUACUCCGACCCGCCGCUCUACUGCCUGCCACGGCCCGCCUCCCCGGGCCAGGCCCCCGGCUGAGCCCCCGAGGGAGGCACCUGGACAGGCUCCGGGCGCCACUGGAGAAGGUGCACCUGCUCAGGCCCGGCCGGCGCUGCCCAGCGCCUCUUCGUGGUUUACAUAACUGAGCUGUCACAGCCUUGGUGGCAGCUGGACUUGGCGCAUGUUCAAGCCUCGCCACCAAGCGCCUGCAUCCUCGUGCCAGCCAUGGGGGGCAGAGGAGGACGGUACCGUGGCCGCAAAGACCCAAACUCUGUCUCCAAUUGGCGCUCGGCGCCGCCUGGCCGGCACAGGGCAGGACCCGGAGGAAGUGGCCGCUGCGUCCCUGAAGCGCCAGGAGUUAGGUGCAAGGAGGCCACCCCAGGCACUGCCCAUCCCGUGCGACCGACCAUGGGACCAGGGACCCCGGACACAUGGGUGGGGAGAGCGUUGCGGGUGCACGGCAGCCACCUUGGAAGGCCACCCAGCUCACCUCGCGGGCUGGCAGGGAACCAAGGUGUGAAAUAAAACUCGCCUUUCGCGACGCA